AUGAGUUCAAAACUACCAGGAAAGGGGUUCAUGGAUGUCGUUAAGACAGAUGUCCAGCUUUCGAAUCGUCGUGUGAUGAGAAAAAUUGGAUUAGGGUUAGCCAGACCAGCAAUCUUUUAUCAAUUUGAUACAUUAGUAGAAUUAAGUGAUGGAAGUGUAGUAAAACGUCGUUCUCAAGCUCCAAAAGAUGAAAUCAGAAUGAUUGCCGAUCAAAGAAAUUCAACAUUAUGGAAUCCUAAUAGAUCUAAUUUAAGUUCUGCUGCUUCUCUUGCUGCUGGUAGAAUCAGUCAAUUUAAUAAGAGAUAUGGUAUUGAAACUUCAGAAGAAGAAACACCUGAAAGUAGAGAGGAAAGAGAUAAGGCAUUAUUAGAAUUAAUGGGUGAAGAUGCUAAGGAAAUCACAGGUGGUAAGUUGUUCAGUAAGAAACAAGCUAGACAAAGAUUCAAAAAAUAA